GGCCCACUUCCACCUUUUCCUAUUUCUCCUCUCCGUUCUCUCCGGGUUCUUCGUCGCCUCCAUCCACAUCGUCGUCGCCACCACCCACGCCAACCUCGCAUCUCUCUCUCACCUCUGCUCCAAUCGCUCGCUGAUCCCCCCCCCCCCCUCCCCCCCUCCGACCAGACACAGCCGAGCUCAGGCGACGACGCCCCCGCCUUUAAUGGGCUUUCCCUCCCACCGACAUGGCCGGCGAUCCCCACACCCGCGCCGCCCCCGGUGACCUCUCCUCCUCCUCCUUCUCCUUCUCCCCCUCCCCUUCCGCCGCCGCGGUUGCGCUUGGAGUUGGGGGUGGCCUCGGCCUCGGCCCCUCUAGGCUCCUCCUCCACCUCCUCCUCCUCCACUCCCUCUUAUAGCCCACCGCCACCGGCCGCCGCGCGCCCAUGGCCGCCGUGUUCUUCCACCAUGUUGUCGGCGACCUCACCGUCGGGAAGCCCGAGGUCGUGGAGCUGCACGACACCGACACGCUCGACGCCGCCGCGCGGGCCAUCGCGGCCAGCCCCGAGGGCGCCGUGCCCGUGUGGCGGCCCCGGGCGGCGCCCGACGAGCCGCCGUCGGGCGCCAGGUUCCUCGGGAUGAUCUCCGCGCUCGACAUCGCCACGUUCGUGGCCGCUUCCGGCGUCGGUGACCGGGCCAUGGCCGCCGUGGUCGGGGAGGUCGUGCAGCCCAACCCUGGCCUGCUCCGGGAGGUCGAUCCAGGCACGAGGUUGAUCGACGCACUUGAUUUGAUGAAGCAAGGAGUGAAGCGCUUCCUUGUUCGAAAAAAUGGCGCCUGGAGAGGCAUCUCCAAGAGGUUUUCAGUGCUUUACAACGGGAAGUGGCUGAAGAAUAUGGAAGCAACAUCUCCAACCUCAGCUAGCAGCAGUAGAGAGCUUUCCUCCUCUACCAGUUCCACCUACAAGUUCUGCUGCCUCUCAAGGGAAGACAUUCUCCGGUUCCUUAUUGGAUGCCUCGGUGCCCUUGCGCCCAUUCCACUGUCUCCAAUCUCUUCCCUUGGAGCCAUCAAUCCACAUUACUGUCAUGUUGAUGCAUCUGUCCCAGCCAUGGAAGCAAUUCAGAAGGUCCCUCCAGAUCCAAGUGCCGUAGCUGUAGUCGAGACUACACCAGAUGGAACUCGCAAGAUAUUAGGAGAUAUCUCUGCCUACAAGCUGUGGAAAUGUGACUAUGUUGCGGCUGCAUGGGCACUGAUAAACCUAUCGGCGGGGCAGUUUGUCAUUGGUGCCGACGAUAACGAAUCAACACCGAUCUCAGCCAUCCCAGUGCCUCCCAUCAGCUCAUCACUAGUGGAAGAGAUCGGACCUGGGCGCUCACCCAGGGCAAAGAAGUUCAGCAGCAGGAGCAUCGGGUUCCUGAACAGCCAGGCGCACCAGAUGGCGUUCGGUCGAAUGAGGAGCAUGUACCGCGGGAGGAGCGCGCCGCUGAUGUGCAAGAGCACGAGCUCACUCGCAGCGGUCAUGGCGCAGAUGCUGUCCCACCGUGCCACGCAUGUGUGGGUGACGGACGCGGAGUCGGAGGAGGAUGGCGUGCUCGUCGGCGUCGUGGGGUACACCGACAUCUUCAACGCGGUCACCAAGAGCGUUUAUCCGGCAGCAUCUUGAAUCUCUGGAUGCUUGAUCCGUACCGUUUGCUCCGUUGGUGGUUCCUUGGUUGGCCCUAGUGCGUGCCGUGAACUGUACACUGCGCCUGGUUGGUUCUUUUUUGUCUUUCGAGAGUUGGGGAGUUUUUUGUCCGCAUGAGACUGAAACUGAAGGGUAUAUUGUGAAUUCCUUGUGGAUCGGUGCUACUAUGGCAGACUCAGGCUUGUGCUUUGGUACGGUGGAAUGAUAGUCUACUCAUUCGUAUAUGUAUAAUGUAUCGUUUCUCUGUGCUCCCUUACCAAUGGCCCAAUGGGAUCAGAGAUGGGGUAAUUAACCCAGCAGCUGCCAUUUCUUGUCAA